ACACUCAAACACAAACAGUCAGGUCACGUCGGUUGGACAUGGAGGAGCCCGACACCGCGGCGAUCCUCCCGGGCGAUGGACUCGCGUCAACCGACGACGAACUGACCGACGUCUCCGGCGGCCUCAAAGAGGAGGCGGAUGUACCGACCACCGGCUCCGUACGACCACCGUUUACAUGCUCGCUGCCGGUUUCCGUGGAGCCCGUGUUGUUCCUUUCCAUGUUUUCUCUGGCCCUGCAGGCGCCUCUGUCCACGCAGUAUCUGUGGGACCGCAUCAGCGAGGACCUCGGCUACAACGGCUCCAAGGGGUCGGGGUGCAGCAACAGCUCCGUGCCGCCCGACCCUCUUCAGAAGGAGGUGGAAACCUUAACAGCCCACUGGAACCUGUACAUCAGUCUUGGAGGCUUUUCUGUAGGCCUGCUGGUUGUGCCUCUCCUGGGAUCGUGGAGUGACCUCGCUGGGCGCAGACGUGUCCUUAUCUUCCCCAACCUAGGCCUAGCCCUUCAAGCAGUGGUUUACCUGGUGGUGAUGUACCUGAAGCUGCCUGUGGUCUACUUCCUAGUGGGUAGGCUACUUAGUGGCCUUUCAGGGGAUUUCAACGCCAUCCUAGCCGGCUGCUUUUCUUAUGUAGCUGAUAUCAGUGACAGAAGGUCCCGCACCUUCAGGGUUGCAGUCUUGGAGGCUUGUUUGGGCCUUUCAGGGAUGCUGGCUAGCAUCAUCGGUGGGCAGUGGCGGCGGGCCCAAGGGUACAUCAACCCGUUCUGGCUCGUCCUGGCCACUAACUUGGCUUCAGCUCUGUACGCAUACCUGUUUGUCCGUGAGUCUGUCACACCAGACCCGAGUGCUAAGCUCUUCACCUCUCGCCACUAUAAAGCUGUCUGGCACCUCUUCUCGACAGGAGGCAGCACUAGUGAGGCAGGCAGAAGAUAUCACAGAUGUAAGCUGUGGCUUUACAUGCUGUGUUUCUUUCUGGUGGUGACUGUACACUUCGGCAGCAGGGAGCUGUAUGUGUUGUAUGAGUUGAGCUCACCGCUGUGCUGGGGUCCGGCUCUCAUUGGCUAUGGAUCAGCAGCACAGCACCUGGCCUACCUUACCAGUCUGUUGGGACUGAAGCUCAUGCAGCGCUGUCUGGCGGACUCCUGGGUGGCCCUCGUAGGCCUGGCCUCCAACAUCAUUGGGCUGGUGGUCUUCUCUGUGGCUGACAGCACCGACCUCAUGUUCACAGGUUAUGGUCUGUGUUUCCUCUUCAUGGCUGCGACUCCUGUGAUCAGGUCAAAGCUGUCCAAGCUGGUGGACCCAUCAGAACAAGGGGCCCUGUUCGCCUCUGUUGCCUGUGUGGAGAGUCUAUGUUUCCUGGUGGGCAGUGGCGUCUUCAACUCCCUCUACCCAGCCACACUGCACUUCAUGAAGGGCUUCCCCUUCCUGUUUGCUGCAAUCAUCCUCUUCAUUCCCGCUGGAAUAAUUGGGACCCUGCAGUGUCUGGACCAGAGGAGAGAUCACAGAGACGCUACAGCAUCCUGAUCUGAGACUUAAAGUUCAUCCUGGUGUCAGUCUAUGAGGUGAGCCGCCCUGACACAAACACGUCCAUCUGUGAUGCUGGGAGAGACUUUUGAUCCACUUUCGAGCGAUGGGAGUUACACCAAAGAGAUCAAGACAAAGAGAUGAAGUAUCAACCUCAUUACACAAGACAAUACAAAUGCUGUAAUACAUGUGAUACGUGCUUUCAUUUUGUGAGAGUGCCAAAGAUCGUGCCUACUGUUACUUUGCAUAUUGACUUCAUGAAUUCCAGUAGCUCUGAUUGCACGGUACAUAAGAGGAAAGUACCAAACUCCUCAGUUGUUCGUAUCAAGCAUAGGCGCAACAUAAUGUGUGUUCAAAAGGCUGUUCAUUCAUAAUCUCCUGACACUGGUGUGCCUUCUGAUUACAGCAGUUAUAAGUAAUAACUGAGACACUCUUGACACGCUUAUUGUUCCGUCUUUAAAAGAUCACCACAGAGUUUUCUUUUAAAGAAAGAGUGGGGAAAUAAACUCUUCUGCUAAUUGUGGCACAUUAAUAAUAUUUUUUAAAUCAGUAUCCAGCCAAUGAACCCUUUGAUAUUAACGACUAAUAAGUGCCAUUAGUUUUCUGUUUUGUUUUUUUUUUUGCAUCCAGGUCUAUUUACCGUAGGUUUCGUCUAAGAUAGCCUACAGCAGUGUUUUUCAAUCCUGGUCCUCAGGGACCACUGCCCUGCAUGUUUUGGAUGUUUCCUCCUCCACCACACCUGAUUCAAAUGAUCAGCUCGUCAUCAAGCUCUGCAGUGGCCUGAUAACGAGCCACUCAUUUGAAUCAGGUGUGGCCUACAGUAUCUGGCCAAUCACGAUGCAGUCUGGUGGAACAUCACAAACUAAAACAUUGAACGUGGUGGAUCUCGUGAUUCUUCUAUGACACAUAGAACACCUUCUCCGCUAGCCUGAUGUUAUAAUGUUGAUGAUUAGUUUGAAUUUUAUCAUGUGUUUUAAGUACUUUUAUUUGUUAUAUUAUGUGCAGUACACGAUUCUUUAAAGUGUAACUAAACUCCCCAAAUACUAUAAACAUGCUGCUGGUUGAACCCUGGAGUUUGCAAUUGAAUUUCACUAUUAGCUGAUCUGGAGGUAGGUGACGCUUUUGUUACCAACCAGCCCUCAUGAAACCAACCUCUCCUGACUCUACAGACUGAGGCCUGCUAUAUAUCUGUACUGACACUGCCUGACUUAUCCUCUCAGCACAUGCACAGAGGGUUGUAUUCUUGCUACACAUAGCAGUGGUCAGUGUGUCACUGAUCGGUAUUCACUCCAGCAUCAGACAUCACGUAGCCACAAAGCCAGUAGUGAUGCUAUAUUAGCAGAUUUUGGUGGUGCAGUUACACUUUAACUCUCGGCAUAGAAGUUGAUAAGCAGAUUAACUAAAUGUUGAACCUUUCCUUUAAGAUUUUGUUGUUGUUGUUGUUGUUGUUGACGAUGAAAUGAUCAUGUAAUUUAUUCACUCCAAUGCUGCUGCUGCUCAUUUCUUAAUAUGAAAGUACUGUACGUCAAGAGGAUACAGCCUCACUUGUAGCCUACAACAUCUCAGAUGAUAAAUCACACAAAGUUUUAUUCCAAAAAAGGAGGUGACAGAACUGUUUUAGAUCUACAAGUUGUCAUUAAUAGACAAUAUAGAGUGACUGAAGGUCUUUAUGUUUUAUGUUUUUACUUUAAACAAGGGUACUUUACUAUAUCCUUCUUCCUAUGUAUUCACUGAGAUUUGAGAGGAGAGUCGGCCAUGUUAAGGGUGGAAGUGUCUCUAUAGCCCUCCAACAGUGAGGUCAGUAUCUGAUCGGAUCAUGUUUGGCACAUAUUCAAACUCAACCAUCAGUAAUCCACUGCAGUUAGCGGCAGUCAGGGAUUACUGAGUUACACCUCGACCCUCCCUCCCUUCUCUUUCCAUAAAGACAGCACAGUCCGAACCCCCUGAAGAGCCCCCACUCCGACCACCACAACAACACUGGAUAGUCCCAGAGCACAGGUCCACAGCAAACAUGCAUACAGAGGUCAGGCCCUAGUCGCACAGUGAGGGAACAAGAGCUGCCAAAUGAGCUUUAAAAUGCACAAAGGGAAGUUUGGAGGUUAAGUGAAGCAUUAACUCCACUGUGAAUCGAUCUGUAUGAAGAUAAAAGCCGUCCUUGUUUUCUUCAUAAUCAGAUUUGAAAUAUUUAUAAGCUGCAAUCAUUUUAUUUUUAGAAUAUGAUUGAAUCAUUUGUUUACAUGUAACGCACAAUUAAAUGGAAAAUAAAUGAAAGAUCACUCUUA